AGGGCAGUAGUGUCGGUGGCGUAAGUGUAAGUAAAAACCAGCAGCCUCUUCAUAGAGUUUUAGCAGAGCAUAUGCUUCUCUCUAUCUGAGCUCUCUUUCUUCUCUUUGUACUCAUUUAUUAUCCAAAUUGCUAUUGCUGCUCCUGUUUCAGGGCCUGUGAGUUUAUUUUGCAGAGAAAGAGGAGAGGAAAAUGGGUUUAGAUUUAAGGCAAGUGGUGGCUGGUGUGCUCACCCUCACCAUGUUUGUCAUGCUUGGUAACAUGAUUAAGAGAGAACACUUUGAUUCUCUUCAUGAAAAACUCCCAGGAGAAGAUCAGGAUGCUCAGUUUGAAAGUUCAAGACUCAUAGAGCAGGAUGGCCUUGUUAGGCUUGCCAAGAGAAGCAAAGGGCCUUGGAUUCGCGAUGGUGAACUCCUAAAACCCUGUUGGACCAAGACAGCAUUGGAUGAGGUAGAACAGUCCAAAGGAUUUGUUACUUUCUCCUUGACUAAUGGUCCCGAAUACCAUGUCUCACAGAUUGCCGAUGCUGUUGUAGUGGCAAGAUAUCUUGGAGCAACUCUUGUGGUCCCUGACAUUAGAGGAAGCAACCCAGGGGAUAAAUGGAACUUUGAAGAUAUUUAUGAUGCUGAGAAGUUCGUGAAAAGCCUGGACGGUGUUGUCAAAGUGGCAAAAGAAUUACCUAGUGAUAUUUCCAUCAGAAAUCUUGCUGUUGUGAAGGUUCCCAAUCGAGUCACUGAAGACCACAUUGUAGAGAAUGUAGAACCAGUAUUCAAAGAGAAGAACCACAUAAGGUUGGCUACCUACUUUCCCACAGUAAAUAUGAGGAAAACUGCACAAAAGAGUACCAUUGAUACAGUUGCAUGUAUGGCGAUGUUUGGAACCUUGGAGUUGCAAUCAGAGGUUAGUGAAGUUGUUGAUUCAAUGAUUGAACGGCUUAGAACUUUGAGCCGCAAGUCAGAUGGCAAGUUUAUAGCAGUAGACUUGAGGGUUGAGAUACUGGAAAAUAAGAAUUGUCAUGGAAGUGGUGCUUCUGGAACAAAAAGUUGUUACAAUGCGCAGGAGAUUGCUCUAUUUUUGAGGAAGGUUGGCUUUGACAAGGAUACAACUAUCUAUGUGACUCAAUCAAGAUGGGAUGAUAGCCUUGAUAUCCUGAAGGAUAUCUUUCCUAAAACAUAUACAAAGGAAAGCAUAUUGCCUGCAGAUAAAAAGUCCAAGUUCCUUGAUUCAGAAAAUUCAGAACUUGAAAAGGUUAUUGACUUCUACAUGUGUUCUCAGAGUGACAUUUUUGUACCAGCCAUCUCUGGCCUGUUUUAUGCCAAUGUAGCUGGAAAAAGAAUAGCUUCAGGGAAGGAUCAAAUCAUUGUUCCGGCUGAUAUCUCUGGUACCUCUGUCCGAAUCACCAAUUACAUCUCUCCUUAUGUUGCAAAGAAGAACCACUUGGCUUAUUCAUGUUUUUGCUGAUCCCCCCUGCCCCCCUCCCUCUCUUUGAAUGAACUUUGAAAAGAGUGUUGGAGUCAAUUCCUUGUCCUGGCCUUUAUGAGGUUUAUUGUUCCUCCCCAUUUACCUCUGUCAAGUCAUUUUGGGCAAGUAAAUGGACAGGUAAAAUUUGGUUGCUCAUACUUAUUUGGAUGUGAAGUAUCCUAGAAUCUAGAUAAAGCUUGUUUAAGAUGAUCUUUUUAAGAUAUUCUUCAAUAGGGGUAUAAAUGUUAUAGCUUUCAGUCAAUAUGUUGUCUGUUGUGAGGCAAGACUUUGUUCUUAUAAAAUUGUUCAUUGUCAAAGUGUGCACAUUUUUAUGAUUGGGUGAAUAACAAAAUUAUCUGUAGUCAGGGACGAUAUAAUCUGU